AUGGAAACUGUUUCGGAUCCUCCAACUUUCGAGCAAUUAGUUAACUUACAGGCAAAUCGGGCCCAAUCCCUUAAAUCGACGCUGCUGAAUUUUAAAAAGGAUUCACAAUCGAGGAAAACGAGAAUUUAUUUAAAGAAGCGGUUGCAACAAGUGGAAGAGCUAAGGAGCGCGUUCCAGGAGACUGAUGCCGUGAUCGUGAAUCUAGAAGGGUUUGCGGAAUCGAGCUAUGCCGUGAAAAAUUUCCAGUCGGAGUUCGAGGAGCGUUAUAUGGACGCCUAUUGUGCCAUCGCAGAGGAUUUGGAUAGACUUGAAGCCGAGACUCCUAAGCUGCAGCCACUGCCAAGUGGAGCCGCUGAUCCGGAGGUGCGACUGAACAUGCCACAGAUGUCAGUUCCCAAGUUUUCCGGUGCGUGUGUGGACUGGCCAGGCUACUAUGACGCUUUCACGAGCCUCAUACAUAACAACAAUAAUUUGAGUAACGUACAGCGGUUACAUUUUCUGAAGGAAUCGUUGCCGGUAGGGCGCGAUAAUGACAUCCGUCAAAUGCAGCUCACGGAGACGAACUACGCCGUGGCAUGGGGAAUGAUGAUUAAAAGGUACAACAAUCCUCGUCUAGUGUUUUCCCACCACAUGAACGCGAUAUACGCGUUGCCCAGGCUGCAAAAGGAUAAUACGGAUUCCAUACGGUCGAUGCUGAGCACGGUCAAUGUUUGCCUGGCUGCAUUCCGCCGCGUCCAAGCCUUGGACGGGGAACGGCAGCACUGGUUGGCGCAUUACAUAGCAGCGAAGUUGCCCAAGGAGACCCACAACGCUUGGGAGCACCACCAAGGGAGCGGUGCCACCGUUCCCACUUAUAAGGAUUUAGAAUCGUUUUUGAAUGAUCGGCUGGUCAUAAUGGAUGCGAUCGAGAACCGAAGCUCGUCGUACGACUCCAAUAAUGGCCCAGGAUCUGCCGACCCAGGCAAGAGAGUGCGAGUGCAUAAUGCACAGGAGCACUCAAGGCGCCCGAAUAGCUCCUGUUAUCACUGUAGCGGUGACCAUAUCCUGCGUCGUUGUGCCGCCUUUCUGGCCUUGGACUGCUAUAAGAGGAAGGACAUAGUCACCAGGGCGAAAUUAUGUAUUAAUUGUCUGAGUAAAGCACAUGCGCUUUCCCGCUGUACCAGCAAUAAGAGCUGCCAAAUUUGUGGCCAGCGCCAUCAUACGCUGUUGCAUUUCCCAGCAUUGGCUCAGGACCGAUCGUCAAGCCAUACACCGCUGCAUCCAGUUCGGUCUGCCGCGACGCAUCCUGAUGCAGCUGGGGAGACCGUACCUCAGCAGGGCCUACAGUCAACGUCGGGCCAGAAUCCGGACGCAUCUUACAGAUGCUAUUCAGCAACUUCGGCGAAUGGGUCCUCCCGAAAUGUGCUCCUCGCCACUGCUCGUAUUGCCGUACGAAACCCGGUCAACGGGCUACGAGCGGUCAUAAAUGCUCUCAUCGAUCAAGGAUCUGAGGCAACCAUAGUUUCGGAGCACGUCGUACAGUCCCUGCAUCUGAGACGGUGCAAUACCCGAGCAUCGAUUUUUGGGGUGGGCCCAGGGGGCGGUCGUCGUUGCAAGUAUACAGUUAAUUUCGAAGUUAAUAGUAUUAUUAAUCCAAAUUUUUCUCUAGAGGUUGAUUCAGCAUAUGUUCUCAAUUCAGUUACUUCCUGUCUGCCUAGCCUUAGCUUCACGCCGCAGCGUUGGAAUCAUAUUCGAGGGCUCCCUCUGGCGGAUCCGAGCUACGCCCGGUCGAAGAGAGUCGAUCUCAUCUUAGGAGCGGACAUGUUGGCGCAAAUCAUGCUGCCAGACACCAGGAUUGGAUUGCCCGGCGAGCCUAUAGCGCAGAAUACACGCUUCGGAUGGAUUCUAUCGGGACGUGCCGAAGGAGUAAGAGAAGCAACACAAUUGCGCUGUCAUCGAGUGCUGCUGGACACGGAGGCAUUGCUGAAGCGUUUCUGUGAAGUCGAGUCAGUUCCUGAUCGCCCUAUAGCGACAGAGGGGGACCUCUGGUGCGAGUCGUUUUUUCAGGAGACCCACGUGCGUCGACCGGAUGGCCGCUAUGUGGUCAGGUUGCCUUUUAAAACCUAUCUCGAUCCGACCAUGGUCUUGGGAAAGUCUCAUCAGAUGGCGCUUAAUCGGUUUCUCCAGAUGGAAAGGCGUCUGUCCAACAAUCCAGACCGUUGGAGCAAAUAUGUGGAUGAGAUUGAGGAAUACUUCGCGCUCGAGCAAAUAGCGCCGGCAAUGGGCAGUGAAAGCAGCACAGUAAGGAGUACGGCCGCGAACAGGCAUGUAGCCUCUUGUGUACUUCCGCAUCACGCUGUCUUUAAGAAGGAAAUUCAGUCAACCAAACAGCGAAUCGUCUUCGAUGCCUCCUCAAGGACUAGCAAUGGAAGAUCUUUAAAUGACAUUUUGUGGACUGGGCCUACUCUUCAAAACGACAUGUCUGCAGUCAUUCUCAACUGGCGGAAAUAUCGUUUUGUUUUCACGGCGGAUAUACAGAAAAUGUAUCGGUGUAUCGAUGUUCACCCGGAAGACGCCCAAUAUCAGCGGAUUUUAUGGCGGGCGGCGGAUGGGUCCAUCAACGUUUAUGCGUUGACAACGCUAACCUUCGGAACGGCUUCGGCACCCUUCAUGGCGAUCAGAGUCAUUCAACAAUUAGCGAAGGAUGAGCGGUGUUCGUUUCCUAAGGCGGAAGAAGUAUUAAGGGACGAGAUCUACGUGGACGACAUUCUUUCCGGUGGGCAUACGAUAGAAGAUGCGGAGGAUAAACGGGCCCAGGUAUCGGGUGCUAUAAAAUCCGCUUGCAUGGAGUUGCGGAAAUGGUCCAGCAACGAAGAGAGCCUUUUGCAAUCGAUUCCGCCAGAGCAUCAAUGCAGUCGGACACCUCUGAACUGGGACGCUGCGGAUCCGAUCAAGGCAUUAGGAAUGUAUUGGCUCCCCAAUAAGGACUGCUUCAAAUUUCAGGUCAAUUUUGAGAUACCACCUACUUUCACUAAGAGGACGAUCCUGUCGAGCAUAGCGAGGCUGUUCGACCCGCUAGGUCUCAUCGCGCCAGUCAUCAUCUCGGGAAAGUUAAUAUUGAAGGAGGUAACCAUGGCUAAGAAAACGCAGGACAACGGCGCUAGGACGGCUCUGGAUUGGGACGACGAGGUUCCUAAGGCUCUUGCGUUGUCAACGCAUAAACGUUGA